UUUAGUACGAAGAGCCGCCAUUGAUGUAGAUAGAUGUUCCUCUGGUAAGCAGGGAAGAAGUGUGAGUGUAGCAAGAUGGCGCACCUCCUCAUUUUGGUAGGCGUGUGCAUUUCUGAAUCAACAGUUUCCAGACCGUUGGAUUUGUUCGAGGUAGUCCAGUUGCUUGGCCAGCUACAUCACAAGAUAUUUCGCCUUUGAACUACUUUCUCUGCGGUCACAUGAGAUUUCUGGUGUACGCCAUCACGUCAAACAGCAGGGCUGAGGUGGACUCCGGUGCUAACGUCAUAAAUGAUUAUGACUCUGUGCAAAGGACUGUUACUUCAAUUACACGAAGGGCUUAACUGUACAUCGAUUAUCAACGUGGCCAUUUCGAGUCACGCGUGGUAGGAGCUAUGCAGUAGCCGUCGUCUUUGGCCUCAGACUUAAUGGGGUGGUAGACGAUGUUUAUAUUCACGAAGAGACGCAGACAUUCGAGAAGGCCUGGUCUAUCUGCCCAUCAAUUGUCGUCUGAUCUUCCUGCAGUCAGUUGAGUUUCAAUUCCGAUUUUUAGUCCUUGGAAGUGACGGCUAAGGAUGCUGUUGCCAACGUGUGCUUACUUCACGAGUAAUGGCUAUUUCAUGGAAACUAAGGUGUUCGAAAAUUAUUUCCAACAGUUCUGUGGGUGGUUACUCACAUGUGGAUAGUGGUACAUGCCCCAAGUCAAGAUGCAAUGUGGACUUUUCGAGCCUCAAAGCACCAUCACCCAAGGGUCCAGCAAUGCAGGAGAUGGAGUUAAGCGAACAUUGCAGCUGUUCUCAUCAUGACGGCAGGUGCGUAUUCACCGAAAAAUUGGUCCCUCUGAAUGAGUUGAGAGAGGAGAAUCUUCUAUGUGACGCGGUGUUGAGGUUGGAAGAUGGCGGCGUUUUUCCUGUCCACAGAGUGAUUCUCUCGAUGCGUAGCAGAUAUUUCAGGAACCUCUUCACCUCAACACUGAACACCAGUGAGAAAACUGACAUUCUACUUCACGGAAUUAGCUCGGACGUGAUGACGCAGGUUCUGGAUUAUGUUUAUUUGUGUAAGGUGGACAUCCACUGCGACAACGCGCGUCAGCUGCUUGGGACGGCUGACUAUUUGUGGGUGAAGAUAUCAAAGCACCCGUACGUGACGAAAAAUGAGGCGUGUAGACCUGUGAUAUUGGAGACGAAAGCCUUCCUACGCGACGUGCAAAAGUUGAAGAAGGUAGAAGACAAGGGAUUCGUGACACCAAAGAUUGCCCAACCGCGAAUCCCACAGGAUGUUCUGUUUGCUAUUGGUGGGUUUCAUGACGGAAGGCUGACGGAUUUGAUUGAAACUUAUGACAUACGAGCAGAACGAUGGAGUGUGAUGGAGCAGGUCGAUUCGAUCGGUCCGCGAGGCUUCCAUGGCACGGCGGUAAUAGGUUUCGACAUUUACGUCAUCGGUGGUCAUGACGGCGAGGAAGUCUUAAGCUCAUGUCGCUGCUUCAACGCUGUUACGAAGACGUGGCGCGAGGUGCCGCCUAUGCAUAAACGCAGAUGCUACUUCUUUGUGGCAGUUCUGGGAGAGAUGGUCUACGCCAUGGGUGGUCGUGGUUAUGGUCAGCAACACGAAACGGCGGAGCGAUAUGACUACAAGACGAACCAGUGGUCGUGGAUCGCUCCUAUGAACUCGCAGCGGUGGAACGCAAGUUCGGCUGUGCUAAAUGACAAAAUAUAUGUCGCUGGUGGAUAUGAUAAAUAUGACAAUUAUUUGAUGACGGUGGAGGUGUAUGACCCAGUCACCAACCGAUGGACGUUCGUUGCACCAAUGCUUUGUGGACGUCGAAAUCAUUGUUGUGUCGCCUUCCACGGCAGUCUGUACGUCCUAGUUACUGCAAAGGUGAUUCAGAAAUCAGGGGUCACCCAUUUGGCAUCCGGGUUCGCAAUGUGCGGUGCAUCAAGUGUCACAAAUGGGGUCGCAUUAAUAAAGAAAACUGAUGUAAUGGAUAUGGCAGUGAUCUUCAGACUGAUCAUUGUGGACCUUGCCAUAAUGACUGUACUAUAAGCCAGUCAUUGUGUUGAAUAUUUUUGGGAUUGGUGUGUUACCUGUAUAAGAUGUGAAGUUCUCAUUGCAACUUAUUUCAGCAAAGUCUUGCUCAUGAGAAUUGAGUUUUGAUCACAACUCACGUGGCUGAUCAUGUGAGAAGACAUCACUGAGUGGGACAGCUGAUUCUGUGUAGAUCAAUUGUUAGAUCAUGAAAGUUUAUGAUAGAGGAGGAACUGUCUAUUAUACUGGGUUACUUGCAAUAUGCUAUGGCAAUGUCUUUACAAGAUGGUGUCUAGAGUUGAUUUGUAAGUGUAUGCAUUUCACUGAUGAUAAGAGUAUCCAUACCAUGGCCUUCCAAAACUUUGAGGAUGGUGUCUGCCAGGCCAAGGCAUCUUCAAUUCUGUGGAAGAGCCAUCUAUGAAAUAGUUUCUUCCACAGUGAAAUUUUUAAUGUAGACGUCUGAAUACUGAGACAGUUACAGUCACCUAUCAUACUAGUAGAUAUGAGUGUAUUUCAACUCUUUUGUAGACUAUCAAAGCCUAACCAAACUUAACAUCUCAGUGCAAUAAAAUACACUAGAGGAAUGUAAGCUGAGAAAAUUGUGGCAGAUACUCGUUCCAGGAUGAAAGCGUGUGUACAUGUGUAAUAAAUAAUCGUGAUGCAUCCAGAUUAUGAUUAUGUUGACAUAACUUUUCAUUAUGGUUCAUGACUAAAAUAAAGUUGCAGCACGUGCA